AUGGAAGAAAUCUACAAAACACUUCCUCAACACACCUAUAGCUGGUUGCAAGGCAGAGUGACCUUGUACAAGUAUGAAGGCUCCUGGAACGCUCAAAACUUCCCUAAAAAAUCAAUUUUGGCUCAAAGCUACGAGGCACAACCAGGUGACAUACUAUUAUGUAGUUGCCCCAAAACUGGCACAACUUGGCUGAAGGCCUUGAGUUUUGCCAUUUUAACCCGACAAAAAUUUGACCAUGCAUCAUCGAGCCCAUUGCUAACAACCUUCCCUCAUGAUUGUGUCCGGUUUCUAGAGAACUUGCACCUUCCAAAAAUCAAAGAAAACCCCUCGGACCUCCCCCUCCUAGGUACACACCUUCCUUAUUCUUCUUUGCCAAAAUCAAUAAUCGCUUCAAAUUGCAAGAUUGUUUACAUAUACCGAAACAUAAAAGAUGUCAUAGUUUCCUACUAUCAUUUCUUUCGACAAAUUGUAAACUUGUCGGAAGAAAAUGCGCCAUUUGAGGAGGCGUUUGACGAUUUUUGUCGAGGCAUUUCAAUCUUUGGACCAUACUGGGAUCAUAUCUUGGAAUACUGGAAAGCAAGCCAGGAAAGGCCGGAUAGAUUUCUUUUCUUGAAAUAUGAAGAUUUGAAAAACGAUGCUUUGAGUAAUGUGAAACGGCUUGCGGAGUUUAUUCGAUGUCCUUUUUCAGUUGAAGAAGAGAAAGCAGGCGUGCUUGAAAAUAUUAUAAAGAUGUGUAGUUUUGAUAGUUUGAGCAACUUAGAACUGAACAAAAGUGGGAUGUAUCAAGCGGAUGAAGCUUUUGUUUUAGAACGCCGACUCUUUUUUAGGAAGGCCAAGGAUGGAGAUUGGGAAAACUACUUCACAGAUGCGAUGAAUGAAAAGAUCGACAAACUAAUCGAUGAGAAAAUGAGUGGAACUGGUUUACUUCUGAAAUGA